AACCAGAAUUAAGAGGCUUUUCUGUGUGCUCAAGUUUCACACCAUGUUUAAGUUGGUGGCUGAGGCAAGCUCAGUGCACUGGUGGAAAGCUGUCGAAGACAAGAAAGAAUCCGCCUGUUCUUCCGCGCUUGUUGCUGCCCGGCUGCCCCACGCACUGGGCAUGUAUGUGACCAGGACACGUUGGAACCUAGCAUGAGGCUAUAGUUGCUGCAUGGACACCCGCAGAUCUGAGCUCUGCUUGCCGCAGGUUCUCGGUAAUAACUGCCUGACCCGUAUCUUCCAGAUAAUCGUUAUGUACCUUCAGGUGUUAGAGUGUGAGCGUAACCAACACCUGGUCCAGACUUCAUGGAACUACAUGAACGACAGCCUGCGCACCGACGUCUUCGUCAGGUUCCAGCCCGAGAGCAUCGCCUGCGCCUGCAUCUACCUUGCUGCUCGCACCCUGGAGAUCCCUUUGCCCAAUCGUCCCCAUUGGUUUCUUUUGUUUGGCGCAACUGAAGAAGAAAUUCAGGAAAUCUGCCUAAAAAUCCUGCAGCUUUAUACUCGGAAAAAGGUUGACCUGGCGCUCCUGGAAGGGGAAGUGGAGAAGAGAAAACACGCCAUCGAAGAGGCAAAGGCCCAAGCCAAGGGGCUGCUGCCUGCAGGCACGCAGGCUCCAGACCACGCUUCGGGCUUCUCUCCUGCCCCCAAGCCGGCGGAAUCGCCCAAAGAGGGCAAAGGGACCAAGGCUUCCCCACUCUCGGCCAAGAGCACCAAGAGGAAAGCAGAGGGUGCCAAGAAGGCCAAGGGCCACAGCCCGCCCAACGGCUUGCCCAAGAGCCACGGGAGCCGUAGUCGGAGUGGGAGCCGUGAGCAGAGCUACUCGAGGUCCCCGUCUCGGUCCGCUUCUCCUAAGAGGAGGAAAAGCGAGAGCGGCUCCACAUCGGGCGGGUCCAAGUCCCACAGCCGCUCUAGAAGCCGCAGCGACUCCCCGCCCAGGCAAGCGCACAGGGGCGCCCCUUACAAGGCCUCCAAGGUCCGGAGCUACCGCAAGGCCAAGGACUGCAAGUGCCCCCCUCAGAAGCCCCCCGCCUCCCGCAGCCGCAGCUCCUCCCGCUCCAGGAGCCACUCCCGGGAGCGCCCCGACCACCCCCACCCUGGCAAGUACAAGAAGAAAAGCCACUACUACCGGGAGCAGCGGCGGGACCGUGAGCGUUCACGCUCUUAUGAACGCACCGAGCGGACGGGCCAUCGCUACGAGCGGGAACGGGAGCGGGACCACCCCGGGCACAGCCGACACCGGAGGUGAGGCCGGUCUGAGGGGAAGCAGGGUACCGCUCGGACUGGCCUAACUUGCCGCCUGACAGUCUCUUCCUAGCCACGGCGGCCCUGUGGUGGGAGAUGGGGAUCCGAGGCUGGGCCCGUGAGAGGCAUCAGGCUGGGCCAGGACCCCUCAGCAGCUGCUGUGGAUGGCCCGUGUGGUCCCAGUAGGGGGCCUUGGUGCUAGCGACAGCCUGUCUCGCCGUUCCCGAACCCACAAUUACGUCGAACCAAGAAAAUGACUUCUAGAACCUUCUUCGCCUAUAUUAGGCUGUACUUAUAUGUACAUAUUUUGCAGUGUUUCACAAGGAGAGAGUGGCCUUAAUGGCCCCUUAGUCUCUAUUCACAUUGUAAAUAAACGUGUUUCAUACAAGUUGAAGCUAUUGAAGAAAACUCAGAACUUGAAUCUUGUCAGCUGACAACUUGUGUAGAGAAUUCUGAUUUUUCCAAUGUGAGGGUGUUUAGAUCUGUGUGGCAAAGUCGUCUAUUUUUAUCUGCGACGCUGAGUGCAGGCACCAGCUACUAAAUAGAGACAUUUCCUAUAUAUGCAUUUUAUGUGGUUAAUAAACUCUGCUCAGGACAUUUGGAAUGUUGAA